GUUCUGUCUUCCUGUUCCAAACCACGUGGACGCGACGGGGACUCAGGGGCCAAGGGAGGCAGGCGGGCGCCGCUGUCGUGGGGUCGUGGUCCCCGGGCUGUCCGAAGCCGCUGCUCCCGGGCCUCCGCGGAGGGCGCGCACAUGGCCACCCAGGCGCACUCCCUCAGCUACGCGGGCUGCAACUUCUUGCGCCAGCGGCUGGUCUUGUCCACCCUGAGCGGGCGUCCGGUCAAAAUCCGCAGGAUUCGGGCCAGGGACGACAACCCGGGCCUCCGAGAUUUUGAAGCUAGCUUCAUAAGGCUACUGGACAAAAUAACGAAUGGUUCUCGAAUUGAAAUAAACCAAACAGGAACGACCUUAUAUUAUCAGCCUGGCCUGCUGUAUGGUGGGUCUGUGGAACACGACUGUAGUGUCCUUCGUGGCAUUGGGUAUUACCUGGAGGCUCUUCUUUGCCUGGCUCCGUUUAUGAAGCAACCAUUAAAAAUAGUUCUGCGAGGAGUGACCAAUGACCAAGUUGACCCGUCGGUUGAUGUUCUUAAGGCAACAGCACUCCCUCUGUUGAAACAGUUUGGGAUUGAUGGAGAAUCAUUUGAGCUAAAGAUUUUGCGACGGGGAAUGCCUCCUGGAGGAGGCGGCGAAGUGCUUUUCUCCUGCCCUGUAAGGAAGGUCCUGAAGCCUGUCCAGCUCACAGACCCUGGAAAAAUCAAGCGGAUCAGGGGCAUGGCGUACUCAGUACGUGUAUCACCUCAGAUGGCAAACCGGAUUGUGGAUUCUGCAAGGAGCAUACUCAACAAGUUCAUACCUGACAUCUAUAUUUACACAGACCAUAUGAAAGGCGUCAACUCUGGGAAGUCUCCAGGCUUUGGGCUGUCGCUAGUUGCAGAGACCACCAAUGGCACCUACCUGAGUGCUGAAUUGGCCUCCAACCCCCAGGGUCAGGGAGCAGCAGUGCUCCCAGAGGACCUCGGCAGGAACUGUGCCAGACUGCUGCUGGAAGAAAUUUACAGGGGUGGAUGUGUGGACUCAACCAACCAAAGUCUAGCUCUGCUGCUCAUGACCCUUGGACAGCAGGAUGUUUCCAAAGUCCUGCUGGGACCACUCUCCCCAUACACGAUAGAAUUUUUGCGACAUUUGAAGAGCUUUUUCCAGAUUAUGUUUAAAAUAGAAACCAAGCCAUGUGUUGAAGAACUCAAGGGUGGAGAUAAAGUACUGAUGACCUGCGUUGGCAUUGGCUUCUCCAACCUCAGCAAGACCCUCAAGUGAUGUUAUCACAAGAUGAGAUUGUCUAUAAUGAAGUAGAAGCUGUCAAGGACCAAAGGGACCAAGUCCACAUGUGUUCACCCAGGAUAGGAUCACUCCUUAAUAUUAAGAACUUUCUUAAUUUUCCACUAAAAAUAUCAAUAUGCAAAUAAAAGAUGUCUCCACCAUGUGGCUCCAGCUGUUUCUCCAGUGGUAGUAACAUUCCUCAAAGGUCCAGGCAUGUGUUCCCUGGCUCACCUAGAGAAAAAGCCCUCAGGACUUGGUUGAGCUACUGAAACAGUAUCCCAGCAGCACUUUCUGCAUCCUCAGACUGGUCUCAGAGAUGAAUGUGACAGUGUCUAUGGAAGCCCUUUAUGCAUCAUGUUGUGUGGAUGUCAGAGGCUAAGGAUCUUAGACUGUUCCUUAUCUUAUGAAUGGGUUGUUGUCAUGGACACAUACUGCUGUUCAUCUCGUUAAUUGUAUUUGAGGAACUGGUGGUUGGGGUGAGGAGGGCAGUUUAGAUACUUUCUGUAUUCUAGGUAUGUCAUAAAUUUUCUUUGAUAAAAAUUCUUAUAAUA